AUGAACUUAAUUAUAACUAUUUUUAUUAUUGCUGUAGCCCUGUCAUCAGUACUAGCAAUUGUAUCUUUCUGACUACCGCAAAUAAACCCGGACGCAGAAAAGCUAUCCCCUUACGAGUGCGGGUUUGACCCACUGGGUUCAGCCCGAUUACCAUUCUCCUUACGAUUCUUUCUAGUAGCAAUUCUAUUCCUUCUAUUUGACCUAGAGAUUGCCCUCCUCCUCCCGCUACCAUGAGGCGACCAACUUCAUAGCCCAACCGGGACAUUCUUUUGAGCCACCACAGUCCUAAUCCUAUUAACCCUUGGAUUAAUUUAUGAAUGAACCCAAGGGGGCUUAGAAUGAGCGGAAU